AUCAAAACAAGUUUAAAAACAGAAAACGACAAAUAUUGUUCCACAAAAAAUACACACCCAAUGCGUAAAUAGACUUAAAAUAUAUAGCGUCGGUGAAAUCAUACUGUCUUAUCAAAAUAUUUUAGCUAUAUUACACAAAGCAUCAAGUAAUUGCUUAACAACUAAAUGCCAAAAGUUACAGCAAAAAGAAAUGUAGCCGGUGGCGGUGCAGCUGGAGGCGCCAAAAAGGCAGCCGCUAAAAAAUCUAAACUGUAUAAUAUGCCCGAAAAAAUCAAAGAAGGUACAAUUUUAAGAGAUCUGAUGAAAACUGAAUGGAAAAUAGGACCAUCUAUAGGUACUGGAGGUUUUGGAGAAAUAUAUUCAGCCUCCAGGAAGGCAGACAAUAAAUAUGACUAUGUUGUGAAAUGCGAACCACAUGAUAAUGGCCCACUUUUUGUUGAAAUGCAUUUCUAUAUGCGUAAUGCCAGAUUAGAUGAUAUAUGCAAAUUUCAAAAGGAGCAUGGUCUCAAGAGUUUGGGUAUGCCUUAUAUGAUUGGCAAUGGUUCAGCGGAUAUAAAUGGUAUUAAACAUCGUUUUAUUGUAAUGCCACGCUAUGGAAGUGAUGUGGCCAAACAUUUUAUCGCCAAUGGUCGCCGACUGCCGGAAGGUACUUGUUACCGUUUAGCUUUGCAAAUGAUGGAUGUUUACGAGUUUAUACACAGUUGCGGCUAUGUUCAUGCUGAUCUUAAGGCUGCCAACAUAUUAUUGGGAUAUGGAAAACAACAACAGCAUCAAGCAUACCUUGUCGAUUUUGGCUUGGCAUCACACUAUACAACCAAAGAUUUCAAACCCGAUCCAAAGAAAAUGCAUAAUGGCACCAUAGAGUAUACAUCACGUGAUGCUCAUUUCGGAGUGCCCACCAUGAGAGCUGAUUUAGAAAUUUUGGGUUAUAAUUUAAUCGAAUGGUUGGGCAUUGAUUUGCCUUGGGUAAAAGAUAAACUGUUGACAGCACCAGUAAAGGUACAAAAUGCUAAAGAAAAUUUCAUGUCAGAUGUCGCGGCAAAUCUAAAAAAACUUUUUCCUAAAAGUGCUCCCACCGCUCUGACUGAAUUCUUCAAGUAUGUGGCAAAAAUGGAAUACAAUGAAAAACCAGAUUAUGAAAAAUGCAGAAAAAUAUUUUCCGCAGCUCUAAAAACCUUAAAGGUGCCGUUAACUGGUGAUCUUGAUUUUAAACUAAAAGCGGGAACAAGCUCUCCCUCGACUAGCAAGCCGGCUAAAGUGGCCGCGAAGAAAAAAAUCAAAAAAGAGGUUUCUGCAUCAGAAGCAGAGUCUGGAAAAGAAUCAGAAGACGAAAUAAUAAAUGCCAGCGAUGAUGACGAUGUUGUAUUUCUCAAUAAUAAAAAGCCAAUUAAAAAGGAAACCAAAAGACCUCUAAAAACGUCAGUGAAACUAACACCCAAACAAAGAGUUUUGGCCAACACUUCACUUAAGAGAACCAAAAAUGAUAAUUCAUCUAAUUCAGAAUCAUCACCUUCGCCGUCUAAACGCACCAAACUCAAUGCCACAAAAUCCCCCACACGAACAAAUAUCUCACCAUUAAAACAAAAUACACCACUCAAAACAACAUCGCUUACUUCAUCCGCCACAAAACCCCGUCACACACCACUAAAUGCCAAAGCCAAUAUACGUAUGUCUCCAGCUGUAACAAUGUCCUCGACACGUUCAGGCAAAACUGUAAUCAAUGAUCGUGUAACGCCCAAUAGGAAGCCCGCCAAAACCUAUGAAUUUAACUUUGAACUCGAUGUUAGUAUGGAUGCGAAUGUUAUAGUUAAUGUUAAACGCAAAAAGAAACCUUUACAGCCCUCACAGGAAAUUCAAAAUUCCUCCAGCAGAAGCACCCCUUCGGCAAAGCACACUUCUACAAAUUCCACUUCUACAAAUUCCACUCCCGUUACUAGAGUAAAAGUACGUAAAGUUGGCAGUGCUGAUGAUGGCUCUGAUAGUCCUCGUACGCCGGCAGUGACUGUCAAAAAAUCGCGUAGAAUUCGAAAGACACCUUAGGAUCGCUAUGCAUUGCCACGAAAACAGAAGAGCUAGUCGAUAUAUUGAAUCUUUCAGUAAUUAUUCUUUGUUCUUUUUAAAAUUAUAAUUUAUUGAGCUUGAGGUAAUUUUUUUUUAUAAAACUUACAUCAAGCUCAAUAAAUUCUAAUUUUAAAAAUACAAAGAAAAUAGAUUACAAAUAUUUUGUUCUACACGAUAACAAAUUUUUGGUCAUUGAUUUUUAAUAUAUUAUUUUUUUAUACAUUUUUCACUUUGAAGUUUAGACUUUAUUACAUUUUUUACUAGUUUUUUUAUGUUGACCAUUUGAUAUAAAACAAAUUGGAAACAAUCCAUUUAUAACUGAAACCCGCGUUUCCGAAUAACAAAAGUCAUUAAAAAUUUAACACUACUUGUUUUUCCAUUUAUGCAAUGAACAUAUUUUUCGAAUCAAACUACAUACAUAUUUAUAAUAACAGAUAUUCUACGUAAAUAAAUCGAACUACUAUGAAAUUGAUUUUGAAUUCGAAUUUAGUUACACAGAACUUUAAAAUAAACGAUUUUGAAAUGAUAUUGACUUGUAAAUGGUGGUGAGCAUUUUGUUUCGAUAGUUCUAUAUAAUUUAAUUAUUACAUACAAGUAUUUUUGUUUAAUUUUUACUCUCUGCAGAAUUUAGGGUUUAUAUAUGUAUUUAUUUAAGGUCUUGAGUUUAUAUAUUUGUCGUAUUAAUUCGUCAUAUUAUAAAUCUUAAUUUAUUGUUUAAAACUUAAAUACAUUCCUUAAAGCGCAGUUAAGGCAGUUUUGAAAAUUUUUUGUUAAACAUACUAUCGAAAACUAAUUUUUUUGUUCAAAGUUUUGAUGUAAAUUGUAUUGAUAUAUUCUGCCGAUAUAAAUUCAUUUGUUUUGUAUUCGUUGUUUUAUAACAUACAUCUAUCGAUAAACAAAUAAAUUUUAUGUUUGAGUUUACGAUAUUUUGUUUAAA